AUGUUGACUAGUGCAAAUAAAACAUUAGGUGGAUGUUUAAACAGUCCCAUAAGUGAAAAUGAUGUUGAUAGUGAAAGUGAUGACAAUGCUAACUCAUCAUUAUUUUCUUGGACACAAAAAAAACCGGAAAACAUUGAAACGGAAUUGGGUGACUUCUUAAAGCGAAGUCCAACAAAGAAAUUGGAAACUCUUAAUUUGACUCCUACAUUGAAGGACGUUUUUAUUAAAUAUAACACUCCACUGCCAUCUAGUGAUCCAGUUGAGCGAGUAUUUAGUGUUGGUCGAGCUAUUUUAUCAAAAAAAAACGAGGAAAAAUGA